CUGCAAAAUGACGCUGUGAAGGCCCUCCUGAACAGCACAGCACUGAAGCUGUUUGGCGGCAGCUCGGUUACGGGUGUCGCAGCGGAUGUCUCAGCCUUCGGUCCAGCUUUCCUUCUCAAGCGCUGCAUGGAGGAUGCAGGCCUCCUUGAGGAUUUGCUCACGCCGGGCGAUGAGGGCCACUCCUCGCCCAGCAAGAGGGUAAGCAGCUCAAGUAUGUCUUCCAUUGAACGUUGAAUGCGUUCAUCACCAUGCUUUCAGCUGGGAGAUUGGUUGACAGGGACAACCAAAGAAGUGAGAGACAGCAUUCAGCCAUUCAUCGACCAGACAAAGGAGGGGGCAGCUAUCGAUUAUGCGAAAUUCGCCUCGCAGCAGCCCAAGACGGCGCCAAAGGCACAGAACAUCUUCAGCGACCAGCUGGGAAAGGACGACACCGCCGACGUCGCAACGAUGACCCACGACGCCCGCAUUGCCACUGUGGUGCUUGUGGCCCAUGCUUCCUUCCACCACAAGUACCAUAACGAAACACAGGGAGGGAGAGUCAAUGCGCAUCGGUUGCCGAUGGUUGGUGCUUGCCUGCAGUGACGAGAAUCUCGGUCUCAUGGUGGGGGUGCCGGUGCCCUGCAUGUGGGAUGCGUCUGUACGUGUGUUUGGUGAAGAGUAUUUCUAUGGGCCCGACGGCAUCCGUGUCCACAACGACAGCGAUGGCUUUAUGGUCCCUGAAGUCACCAUAAAGUUGGGGAAGGCUGACCAUGUCUCGCGUGACGACUUCGUCAGGUGCGCUCCACAAGGGGGCAAUCAGGCAAUCUUGUUUCUGUCACUUUGUCAUAUUGCUGUCUCCCUUGCAGGAAGCUGAAAAAGGCCGCGAGAGGCGUCAGGGACAAAGACAUCUCGUUUGAUACAGAAAGCUUCGACAUCUUUGGGCUCUCGUCGGUAGACUUCGCCAUCUAUGCGACGCAGCUGCUGGGGGCGGAUGAGAUUCCCUUCACCGCUGACACAGCCGACCAAACCGAGCUUCUGCAAAAGGCUCUUGAGGGGACCGACCUGAAAGUUGACCAGUAUAAGCCAGCGGUAAGUUGUGUCUCUGGGAUGGAUGUCUUAUCUCAGUGUGUGUACACACUGCAGGCAAGGAGGGCAUGGCUGCGCCAUUAUGAGGCUGUCGUCAAGAACUGGGGCAGAGGACAAGUCCCAUGGACAGAAGGCGAGCAAUACCUGCACGCACUCGUGUUUGCUCUGCCGUGAGCUUCUCUCCUGUCGGUCUUUUGUCCGUCGGUGUCUCAGAUGAAUAUACCUUCCCAGGCGGCAACGCUGUAUGCUGCAACCAGCCAACACUUGCGUCCACCGUGCUGCUUUCCGCCCUGCUGGUGUUCCUUGCCAUGCUGUGAGGGUAAUUGGCGACGUGUGUGCGUGAGCUGGAUGAGUACUCUUUCGACAUGUGGCUUUUACGCAUAGGACACAGGUUAUAGGCGCGAAGCCAUGAACGAGGGAAGUGGUCCCUCAUCGUCAAA